AUCAAAAUAAAUGACACUCUCUCUUAAGGUUGCAGAGAGAAAAAUAUGAACCUAUCUCCAUGAACUUCGAUUCUCGAAACGGAGAGGUGUAAGGGUUUUGAAUUCUCUGCUUCUCAUCCCCACACCUUGGCAGGGUAAUUGCUAUUCUGAUACCUUCUUUCGGAUGCAUAGACUUUAGAUGUUUACUACUAGAGCUUUGGAUUAUGCCAUUGAUUGGAUGGCCAUUUGGAUGUGUGUUUGUUGUUCAUCUUAAUUCUGUGGAUCAUGCUUUUUCUCCUUUUUGGGCUGUAACAAUGCCGGCGAAAAAUGAAAAUGGAGAUCGGCGGCUAGACCAUGGUGGUCAGGAUAUGUUGCACUCGUCUUUAUAUUCCCAGCCUUGGUGGCAUGGAGUUGGGACAAAUGCCUCCUUAGGUGAACCUGCUCCAAAAACGUCUUCAAUGGAACACCUUAAUGAUUGUUAUGCAAAUGAAGCUACCCGUCCUCAACCCAAUGGUUGCAUGGCUGAUGGAGGUAGCAAUAAUGGACGUGAAGACCGACAUCUCAAACAUAUUCCAUCAACAACAGCCCUUCCUAUGGGUGAACACCUGGAAUCAAAUUCCCAGAUGGAAUUAGUUGGUCAUUCAAUUGUUUUGACAUCAUAUCCAUACUUGGAUCCACAGUACGGUGGAAUUUUGGCUUCUUAUGGGCCACAAGCCAUGGUGCCACCUCCUUUGUAUGGAAUGCAUCAUGCUAGAAUGCCUUUGCCUCUUGAAAUGGAAGAGGAGCCUGUUUAUGUCAAUGCGAAGCAGUAUCAUGGUAUUCUUCGAAGAAGACAGUCGCGUGCUAAGGCUGAGCUUGAAAAGAAAGUGAUAAAAGUUAGAAAGCCAUAUCUUCAUGAGUCUCGUCACCUGCAUGCUAUGAGAAGGGCAAGGGGUUGUGGUGGUCGUUUUCUUAAUACAAAGAAGCUUGACGGUGAUGCUGAGAAUGGAGCAUCAGAGAAAUGCAUGAAUUCAGUUGGAAACCUUUCGACAAAACAUGGCUCUGAAUGCUUACCUGCCAAUGGAACUGGAAAUCUGGUUUCCUCCAGUAAUCAAAAAGGAAAUGGCGCAAUGGUUAAUGACUUGCAUAAACUAAACCACUCUUCCAGUGUUAACAGCAAUAGCCAUGGCCUAUCAUCAGCAUAUCAUGCUGGAGGGAGGGACUUCCUAGAUCGGGAAAGGGGUAGUACGUUCAGCAAUGGGGCUCCACAAGGAGCUCCUCCCCAUUAACUGGAAGUGCUUCUUUAAGUGGAGGGCCCCUUCAGCACUGCCUUGCUGGCAAUGCUAAGGGCAUUUUCCCUCCUGUUUAAGGGUGCAACGACCCUCUGACUGGUGUGAUCCCAGGCAAUUCAUUCUUGGCUUUGGUAUACUAGUGUUGGGGUAGGAUGAGGAAAAGAAAAUCUAGCAAACUUGUGUCCUAUCAUUCCUUUGUUACUUCCUUGUCUUUCCCCACUCACUCUCUGUCUGUAAAAAUUUGCUGAAAAAGUGAAAUGUAUGUGGUGGGUAGGAUAUUUAGCUGUGAAUGUGGAUUAAACAUCUAUAUUUGAACGUUUGAAGAAGUUCGACUCCCUUUGAUCGAGGGUCUGAUAUAACACCUCUAUAGGUGUCCCUGUUAACAAUGUCAGGACUCUUUUGCUGUUUCUUCUCCUUUUGUGUGAGCUCUUUUGCUCCUACAAUUUCCCUUUAACUCAUCUGGUGGCUGCUGUACUUGUUUUUGCAUGUUAAGAGUCCAGUGUAUAUAAUUCUGUUUGCCAUUUUAACAUUUCUUCUGGGUUUUCUCUUUGAGGGGAGAUUUUCUGUUAAAAUUCUGAUUUUGUAAAUUGAGAGAUUUUUUCUUCUGUCAAAUCCCUCUUUUGCAGGAGAGAGGGAGGAGUUUGUUUUUAUUUUUGUUUUUAGAGUUAUGAAAUUGUUUAAUGAAAAGAAGAAAAAAAGAAAUACCAAAAAUCUGGGCCGAGAUUUCAACCAAACCCGGACCGGCCCAGUAGCUCCAUUUCUUCGUCCUACUGAACCAAACCCGGACCGGUUUCCCAAUUCCCUUCCUCAUGCCUCAAAACGACGCCGUUUUGCGAUGCAAGUCUUCCUUCAAUUCUAGAAGACGACAAAAGUGAGAGUUUAGGGUUCGUGGUUUCUUUUUCCUCUGGUUUCCGAAAGGGGCGAAGGCAGAUGUUAGGUGCGAUGGUAAUGGUGGUUUGAGUGAAGCAAAAAGGAAGAACUCGAAAACAAGCAGAAGAGGCAGAGAGAUGACAUGAAAACAGAAGCAAAACAGAGAAAA